AUGGGUGAUUUCAAUAAUGUAUCUGCUAUGAUCAGGGCUUUGAAAGAAGGCGGUAAUUUGGCAGCAUUAACUGGCGGUGAUCCACAUAAUCUUCAUUCGGGACGAACUGGAGCAUGGAAAGCAAAAAUAAAAUAUUAUGCUAAACAAAUUAACUCAUCUAGUCAACGUUCAUUAUUUAUAUUUUCAAAAAAUAAUUGGAUACGAAAACGAGCUAAUGCUGUUAUUGAAUGGAAUCCUUUUGAAUAUAUGGUGCUAUUAACAAUUAUAGCUAAUUGUAUUGUUUUAGCACUUGAAGAACAUUUGCCACGUGAUGAUAAAACAACAUUAGCUAGAUCAUUAGAAAAAACUGAAAUUUAUUUUAUUGGAAUUUUUUGUUUUGAAGCUGCACUUAAAAUAAUUGCUCUUGGUUUCGUAUUACAUGAACGUUCAUAUCUUCGAAGUCUUUGGAAUGUUAUGGAUUUUAUUGUUGUUGUUACAGGUUUAGCAACGAUUAGUAUUAAAAAAGAUAGUUCAUUCGAUUUACGUACAUUACGUGCAGUACGUGUACUUCGGCCGCUGAAACUUGUCUCAGGCAUUCCAAGUCUUCAAGUGGUGCUUAAAUCUAUAUUAAAAGCAAUGGCUCCAUUGUUUCAAAUAGCUCUUCUCGUUCUUUUUGCUAUUAUUAUCUUUGCUAUUAUUGGCCUUGAAUUAUAUUCAGGCGUUUUUCAUACAACUUGUUUUUAUGCAAAUCGAACAGCCGCUGACAAUGAUAGUGAUGAAUUAAUGUAUAAAGGUGAUGAUCAUAUGGCAACAACAUGUGGAAUACCUGGAGAACCGAUAUGGGGUUGGUUAAAUCUAAAACAUGGUGUAUUUACAUGUAAUAUACCACAUGAGUCACUUGUUUGUCGAGAAUAUUGGGUAGGACCUAAUAAAGGCAUAACUAGUUUUGAUAAUAUUGGUUUUGCUAUGUUAACUGUUUUUCAAUGUAUAACUAUGGAAGGUUGGACACAAAUAUUAUAUUGGACAAAUGAUGCUGUGGGGACUUUAUUUAAUUGGCUCUAUUUUGUACCAUUAAUUAUUCUUGGUUCAUUUUUUAUGCUUAAUCUUGUCCUUGGUGUUUUGAGCGGAGAAUUUGCGAAAGAAAGAGAACGUGUAGAAAAUCGUCGAGCUUUUUUAAAAAUUCGUCGUCAACAACAAAUUGAACGUGAAUAUAAUAAUUAUAUCGAAUGGAUUAAUCGAGCUGAGGAUGUCAUUUUAAAUGAAGAACGAACUACUGAACAAGAAAGACGUGCUAUUCAUGAAGCUCGAAAAUAUGCACAAUUAAAAAAAACUCGACAUAAUCGAGCAGGAAAACAGCAUAGUGUAGAUGACGAUGAAGAAGAUAUUGACAAUGCGUUUAAUCGUGGUCGUGGUACAGACAUUGAACGACCCGAUCGACCACGAACUUUCAUGCGUCGAUGGCAUAUUCAACAACGUGUGAUUAAAAGUAAAAUUCGUAUAUUAGUUAAAACUCAAGCAUUUUAUUGGACUGUUAUUGUAUUGGUAUUUUUGAAUACUGUUUGUGUUGCUAUUGAACAUGAUCGACAAAAACAAUUUCUUACGGAUUUUUUAUAUAUUGCUGAAUUCAUAUUUCUUGGUUUAUUCGUUUUUGAAAUGCUUUUUAAAAUGUAUGGUCUUGGAGUUAAUCGAUAUUUUGCAUCAUCAUUUAAUAUAUUUGAUUUUGUCGUUAUUUUUGGUUCAAUAUUUGAAGUUAUUUGGACACAUUUUAAUCCUGAAGAAUCUUUUGGUGUUUCAGUUCUUCGAUCUUUACGUCUUUUAAGAAUAUUUAAAGUGACUAGGCAUUGGGCAUCUUUACGAAAUUUAGUUGUAUCACUUUUAAGUAGUAUGCGAUCUAUUGUCAGUUUACUAUUUCUUCUCUUCUUAUUCAUUCUUAUAUUCGCAUUAUUGGGCAUGCAAUUAUUUGGUGGCGAAUUUAGUUUUGAAGAUGGAACUCCAUUACAAAAUUUUAAUAAAUUUGCUACAGCACUAAUAACUGUCUUUCAAAUUUUAACUGGUGAAGAUUGGAAUGAAAUUAUGUAUAAUGGAAUUAUAUCCCAAGAAAAUGAAAAUGGUAUGGGAAUGAUCUAUUCACUUUAUUUUAUAAUUCUUGUCUUAUUUGGCAAUUAUACAUUAUUAAAUGUCUUUUUGGCUAUUGCUGUUGACAAUUUAGCUAAUGCACAUGAAUUAACUAAAGAUGAAGAAGAGGAACAAGCAGCCGAAGAAGAAAAACGUGAACGUGAAACUAAAGAUGUUGAAUCUAUGUUUAAGUUAGGUUCAGUACCAACAGAUACAGUGGCAACGACAACUACAACAACAACACCAAAUAUGAAAACAAAAAAACCAGAACAAGAUACAAUGAUUCCUAGAAAUAAUCUUCAACAAACUACAAAAAAAGAAUAUGUUGAAAAUGCCGUUAAAACCGCUUUUGAUGUUCAACCAUCAUCACAAUAUAAUUCAUCAAGUUCAAAAGCCAAUACAGAUUUUUUAGAUAGACAAUUAUUUGAAAAAGCUGAUUUAGACUAUAUACCUGGCUUAGAUUAUGAUCUUGGUCCAGUUUAUCUUCCAAAUAAAUUACCAGGACUUGAAGAAACAGCUGCCGCUGCAAAAGCUCGUGCUAAUGAAGAAGCAAGAAAAAAAGCAGAAGCUGCUGCCGCCGAAGCAGCUGCAAAGAAAAAAGAACAGGCAUCACGUGUUGUUAAACCUAUUCUUCCACAUAGUUCAAUGUUUAUUUUUAGCACUACGAAUCCGAUCCGUCGGUUUUGUCAUUUUAUUGUUACUCUUCGAUAUUUUGAAUUACUCAUUAUGAUUGUCAUAUGUCUGAGUUCAAUAUCAUUAGCUGCUGAAGAUCCUGUACAUGAAAAUUCUAGUCGUAAUCUUAUACUUAAUUAUCUUGAUUACGCAUUUACAGGUGUAUUUACAGUUGAAUUAUUGCUCAAAAUUGUUGAUUUGGGUGUUGUACUUCAUGAAGGAGCAUAUUGUCGUGAUGUAUGGAAUUUACUUGAUGCACUUGUUGUUAUAUGUGCAUUAGUUGCUUUUGGUUUUACGGAAAAUGGAGCUGGAAAAAAUUUAAAUACAAUUAAAUCAUUACGUGUUCUUCGUGUUUUACGUCCAUUAAAAACUAUAAAUCGUGUACCAAAAUUAAAAGCUGUAUUUGAUUGUGUUAUUACAUCAUUAUCUAAUGUAUUAACAAUAUUAAUUGUUUAUAUGUUAUUUCAAUUUAUUUUUGCUGUUAUUGCUGUACAAUUAUUUAAAGGAAAAUUUUAUCGAUGUUCUGAUUUAUCAAAAUUAACACCUGAAGAAUGCCAAGGAUUUUAUUUUGAUUUUGGUAAUGGUAAACGUAAACCAGACUGCCGACAAAGAAAAUGGGAACCAUAUGAUUUUACAUAUGAUAGUGUACCACAAGCUAUUCUUACUUUAUUUACUGUUCAAACAGGUGAAGGAUGGCCAACUGUCUUACAACAUUCAAUUGAUGCAACUGGUAUUAAUCGUGGUCCACAACCUGGUCAUCGACUUGAAGUUGCAGUGUUUUAUGUUGUUUAUUUUAUUGUCUUUCCAUUUUUUUUCGUUAAUAUUUUCGUUGCUUUAAUUAUUAUAACAUUUCAAGAUCAAGGACAAAAAGAAUUAGAAGAAGCUGAAAUUAAUAAAAAUCAAAAAUCAUGUAUUGAUUUUGCGUUGAAUGCUAAACCAAUUCAACGAUGUAAACCAAAACAAGAAGGUUCAUUACGUUAUCGUAUUUGGCAAUUAUGUACAUCAUCUUAUUUUGAAUUUUGUAUUAUGGUUAUGAUUGCACUUAAUACUUGUGUACUUAUGGCAAAAUAUUAUCGAAGUCCACCGACUUACAAUGAUAUAUUAACAUAUGCCAAUACAACGUUUACAGCCCUAUUUACUGUUGAAAGUAUCCUUAAAAUCAUUGCAUUUGGUUUAAGGAAUUAUUUUCGUGAUAAAUGGAAUGCAUUUGAUUUUAUUACAGUACUUGGUAGUAUUGCGGAUGUACUUGUUACUGAAUUUCGAUUAACGAAAGCAAAUGUUGCUUUAACAGCUGGACCACAAAAACAUAAGAAUACAUUACUUAAUUUGGGCUUUCUUCGUUUAUUUCGUGCUGCUCGUUUAAUAAAACUUCUUCGUCAAGGUUAUACAAUUCGUAUUCUACUGUGGACAUUUAUGCAAUCAUUUAAAGUUUUUGGAAGUGUUCGUCAUGACUCGGCUCAAUCCGAGAUAAAUCGACACAAUAAUUUUUCCAAUUUUUUCUAUGCUUUACUGCUCUUGUUCAGAUGUGCAACAGGUGAAAGUUGGCAAGCAGUUAUGUUAGCAUGUAAAGCUGGUGUUGAAUGUCAUCUACCAGCUCAUCAUCGAUCACAUCAACAUCCAAUAACACCAUAUAUUAGUACAACAGCAGCAACAAUGUGUCUUGCAGCAACACAAACUAAAAAUGAUCAAUCACCACAUAAAUGUGGAUCAGAUUUUGCAUAUGUUUAUUUUUGUUCAUUUGUUUUUCUUUCAUCAUUUUUAAUGUUGAAUUUAUUUGUUGCGGUUAUUAUGGAUAAUUUUGAUUAUUUAACAAGAGAUUCAUCUAUAUUAGGAGCACAUCAUUUAGAUGAAUUUCUUCGAGCUUGGUCAGAAUAUGAUCCAGAUGGAACAGGAAAAUUGGAAUAUACAAAAAUGUUUGAAAUGCUUCGACUUAUGUCACCACCUGUUGGAUUUGGGACUAAAUGUCCAUCGAAAUUAGCAUAUAAACGUUUAAUUCGUAUGAAUAUGCCUAUUGAUGAUAAGCGUCAAGUUCAUUUUACGACAACACUCUUUGCACUGAUUCGUGAAUCACUUGGAAUUAAAAUGCGUACUGCUGCCGAAGAAAUGGAUGAAGCUGAUAAUGAAUUACGUGAAGUUUUAUGUAAAGUUUGGCCUAAUCAUGCAAAAAAGAAUAUUAAAUUACACGAAGGUGGAACAAAACCAUUACUUGAUCUAGUCGUACCACCUAAACAUGAAUUACACGGUAUACCAGGUUAUCCGAAAUUAACUGUUGGUAAAGUUUACGCGAUAUGUUUAUACAUUGAUAAUUAUCGUUCAUAUAAACAAGGACAUACCAAUGAUACUGGAUUCAAUUUGAAUCGACUUGUAUCAGCACUUAAAGAACGUGUUCAUUCAAAAGAAGGUAUUAAUGACAAUGAUUAUGAUGGAAGACGAUCAUCAUUUCGUCGAUCGGGAAGUUUUCGUCGAACAGGAGGAAAUCGUUCAUCGGUAAAAUUAAUUAUAUUUCUUUAUUGA